AUGCUUGUCUCGCGAUCUAGUAUAUUUUGUGACCCCUAUUUUACGAUAUUGGUAACUUGGCUAGAAUUUUUAGAAUGGAAGUUUUAUAUUGUUCGAGCAGAAGCUGAAGGGAAAGAUGUUGUUCACAGUCUUAGAGGUGUUAUGGAAGCGAUUGAAUUUGCAUAUUUGCGUGAUUUCAUCAUAAUGAUUGCUGAUCGUGAUAGAAAAGAUGAAUAUGAAGCUUUGGAAAUUCACCGAAUGUCAUUUUUUUAUGAAUCGAAUGAACCAAAAAUGAUCCUUACAAGGGAAGUGAUACCUUAUACAUUGAAUAACACAAAAGGUGAAAAGGUCGCUACUAUCAAAUACACAGGAAUUAUGCAAGCGCGCAAACAGUUCUUCCAUUUGAUCCAUCGAGUCAAUAUAUAUGGAAGUGUUAUGGGCCCAUUACCACAGAACAUCUGCACUAUCUUUAAACUUACGUAUUAUGACGAAAAAACUCCCUCAAAUUAUGAACCACAAGGUUUUAUGGCUGAUGAAGAUCUAUUCCAUUUUCCGAAGGAAGUCGAACCGUUGAUGCUUGGUAGAUUCGACUGUGAAAAGCACAUGGUUACAACAUCAGUUCACUCGAUUUUCAUGAAAAGCAUAAAUGAAAUGAAAUCAUUGAUGAAUGCCGAUGCCACUGAAUCUAGCCCAUCGAUUUCUCGUGAUACCACGAUUUACUCUUCACCAACUAAAACUUUGCAAAUGCUAUCAACAUGUAUCGAUGAGUUCUCUCAAAUUCAAGCAGAAGAUAUUGAGCAGCAGAAUGAUCAGAUGAGAAGCGCUGAAUUAACAACAUCAUCCUCAUGCAUUGACAUCAGUGCCACGCUAAAAAUUACGAAAAUUUGUCGCACACUUCCACGUAUAUGCCAUAAGGCUAACUGUAAUAAUACUAAUUAA